AUGACUGAUUUACUGGCCCGCUUGGUUGACCAGCUGGGUCAAGUACCUGGUAACCAACAAAGAGACCCUGAAGUAGGCGAGGAUAGGGCCCUGGAGCGGUUUCAAAAGUUUGCUCCUCCAAAAUUUCUUGGAGGACUUGAACCUGAAGUUGUCGAGAAUUGGUUCGAGCGAAUGGAGGAUAUAUUCGCCGCGCUACAUUACACUGAAGAGAGGCAAGUUACCUUCGCCGUUUUCCAACUAGAAGGUGCGGCACGUUCCUGGUGGAACGUAGUAAGGGUCAAGUGGGAAAGGGAGCAAACCCUACGUACUUGGUUAAACUUCACUAGAGAAUUCAAUGAGAAAUUCCUCCCGCCCUUAAUCCAGGAGAAAAGAGAGGACGAGUUUAUCAAAUUGCGCCAAGGCACUUCAAGUGUAGCAGAAUAUGAGACCCAGUUCACUCGACUCUCCAAGUUUGCUCCAGAAUUGGUGGUUAGUGAACAAAAGCGCAUAAGACGAUUUAUACAAGGCUUGAAUGUGGAAAUUCAAAAGGAUUUAGCUGCUGCUCAAAUUGACACUUUUAAAGAUGUGCUUGACAAAGCUCAACGAGUGGAGCAGGCUCGACUUCAAGUUCGAACCUUUCAAGCCAAGAAACGAGGUGUAUCUAGUAGUGCUUCUGGACGAGGUGAUCAGAAUGUACCACCUCCUAAGCUUGGAAGAGGUGCAGGUGGAGUCCGAAUUGGUGGGGGACAAAAGGGAGGAGCUCCAUCUAGAGGGACUCCAAGCGGAAAGAGACAAGGGCAACAUAGGAUCGUCUCCCAGGGAGACAAACCACACCGAGGACGCUUGUUGGCAAAGUUGAAGAAGUGUCUCCGUUGUGGGAGUUUUGAGCAUCAGAUCGCCACUUGCCCUGUUAAGAAUCGUGAAGGAAAUGAGGGUGCUCAGCCGGAGAAGUCAAAUCCUAAGCAACCAACUGCUAGUAGGGGUAGACCUAAAUCCUCUGCUAGGGUUUUUGCCUUGGAUUAUCAGCGAGCCCCUGAGUCCUCUGAAGUGGUAGAAGGUACGAUCCCUAUAUUCCACCGCUUAGCUAAGCUUUUAAUUGACCCUGGGGCAACCCAUUCUUUUGUGAAUCCUGCCUUUAUGUGUGGUAUUGAUGUGAAUCCUGUUAAAUUGCCCUAUGACUUAGAAGUUAAAACACUUACUGGGGAGCAAAACCUAAUUACCAAUAUGGUUUAUAAAAAUUGCGAGAUUUGGGGUGGUGGAAUUCUCGAUACCCGGAGGGCAACUUUAAGGUUGGAUGUGAGAGGUAGGUUAGCCUCGUCUGCGCUUGCUUCGGGAAUUCGAGCUAGAAAGUUAUUGAGUAAAAGGGCGCAGGGCUACUUAGCCUUCUUAAUUAAUACUCCUGGAGAUAAGGUGAAACUGGAGGACGUUUUAAUAGUAAAUGAAUUUCCUGAUGUCUUUCCCGAUGAGUUGAAAUCGAUGCCACCAGAAAGGGAAAUAGAAUUUAAGAUUGAUUUGGUGCCUGGAACUGCUCCCAUUGCAAAAACACCCUACCGAAUGGCUCCCGCCGAACUUAAGGAAUUGAAACUACAGUUACAAGAUCUGUUAGAGUGA